AUGAAUAAUUUUGGUAUGCGAGCAGUGCUGUUGGGUUCAGCUUUAGGAUUAGGAAUAGGUGGAUAUGCAGGCAGAGAAUUUCACUUGUACUUUGAUGCUGCUGCUAUUGAAGCAAAGAAAAAGGAGGCUGAAGAGGCUCUUUCUUUCAAGGAAUCUACAACAGAAGGAGAGGAAGAAAAACAGUCAGCAUCCGAUAAGACAAAUGAAGAUGAGUUGGAAAAGACGAUCGUCAUUACUAAACAAGCCACACCAAAUGUUGUUCAAAAAUCAGAAUCAUCUAAUAGUAAUACUACAACACCAGUAAUAACAUCAUCAAAUAAUAGCACCACUGUCACUGUUGUUGAUAAUAAUACAAAAUCGGAAGAGGAAGAAACAAGUACUCCUGCUAGACCAAUGGAAGGAGGAUUUAAUCUUUUCAGAAGAUUCUACUAG